ACUCUGUUUCAGUGCAAUGAUGGAGUUCGUGAAGUCGAUGCUGUGUGUUUUGUGAUUGAAGCAUCUAAGAAUCGUCUCUCAGACAGACAGCAUUACAUUAUAAGUUCAAUUCUGUCUUUGUUUGGAAAAGACAUUGUGGACAACAUUGUGUUUUUAAUCACACAUUCUGAUGGUCUGCCUCCCAAAAAUGUCCUCGGCGCCAUUAAAAAAGCUAAAAUCCCCUGCAGACGAGACAAACGCGGCCAACCUGUUAAUUUCUUAUUCAACAACCGGCAGGCUGAUGCACUUCACAAUGAGAGACGCUACAUUCGUGCUCAAAGAGACGCCUGGGAAGACAGCAUGGAACAGAUGAAGCAAUUCCUUGAGUCUCUGGAUGAAAAGAACAGAAGAAGUUUAGAGUUGACUUCAAAUGUCCUGAUUGAACGCAUUCGAUUUGAAGCAUCCAUCAGCAACUUACAGCUGCGAAUUCAAGAGAAAGAAUCAAAGAAGUCUGAAAAAAUUCAGAUUCAGGAGGCAAUGAGACAAAACAAGGAAAAGAUUGACAGGCGUACAAACUUUAGCAUUAGAGUCAAAAAGACAGUCAAACAGAAGGUUCCCAUUGAAAGCAAGUCAUGGAAGAACAGGAAGGCGAUGACCUGCACCGUCUGUGAGGAAAACUGCCAU